GGUAGUCUUAAAUCGUUCUUCUUCAUUGCCGUAUCCAUUGCUUUGAUGUUCCAUAAAGGUAUAAGACAAUCUGGAGACUGAACAGUGUGAAAUUACAAGAGUAAAAUGGCAAAACGGACAACGACUGUUGCUCCUGAAAAUAUGACCGAGAUGGAACUAGAUAGCUCACAAUUCGACCGCAAAUACAGCAGUUUCUCCAGGAGUGAUUCCAGCAAUUCAAGCAUGGUUGGAAACUCGACGAUUAAAACAGGACUAUGUUAUGUAGAUCCUGUCUCUCAUAAGGGAAAAACCAUACAGAUGUUGGCAAUGCUUAUAAUGACCUUCAUCCCAAUAACUGGUAUGGUGAUUUAUGGUGUUUCAUUUGUAGCGAAUGCCAUAGACGCUGAGAAUCAGCUUCAUAUCAUACAACGCCAAGUCGACUCAGUAAAGGCGAUUGAUGACCUGGUGCACGCACUGCAACUAGAACGCGCCGCAACUGUGUAUUAUCUAGCAACAAAUGGGUCAGACACAUGGAGCCUCACAAAGUUCUACAACGAAACCGACCAGGCAUUGCUCAGCACUGUUGACUGGCUCAAAGACAUGGCCAUUGUUAGCAUAAAGGAAUACUCCACCAAAGAGGAUUUUCAUCAGUAUUUACAAUUCCAUCGUUCUCAACUAAAAGUGAACCAUACUUUCAUAUACAGGGAUAUGUCCUUUUACACGGAGGCUAUUAAGUCAAUGGUGGACUUCCUCAUUGCUUUUACGCAGGACGACAAGCACGGCAUAAUCUGGCGUCAACUUGUAGCUAGUAAAAUGAUCAUCGAGGCGAAUGAACAUAUCGGAAAAGUUCUGGCAGCGGGCAUAGACUAUUUCAUUAAAGGUGCACUUCCCCUUGAAGACUACAGAUUUUUCGUGAGCAAUGUGGCAUUGGCAAGAGACAAUAUAGCGACGUUCCAGAAAUACUCAGAAACUGCAACCAAACUAUACGAGGAAAUCUAUUUGACGACCAAAUUAGAACGUUCAGUGGAAACCUACAUGGACCUUGUGGUUACCAACAAUAUAACAAAGGAAUGUCUGCCAUGUGCAAUCAACUUUGACUUGACGAUAACAGAGUACCUUAACAUACUUAAGAUCAUCAAAGAAGCAGUGAAAAAAGAAAUUAUAGAACUGGUGAUCACUGAAAUGGCUAAAGCGAAAAGUGAUGUUGCAAUAGGGGUGAUAACAUUCUGUAUCAUGUUCACCUUGUCUCCGGUCGUGGUUACCAUGGUGCACAGAUUGACGUCACGUCUCCAGGACUACGAAAAGAACGUGUCAAUUAAAUCACGAGAAUUAAAAAGAGCUAAGAAACGUUCAGAUGAGCUACUUUAUCAGCUGUUGCCUAAGACGGUUGCGCAUCAGUUAAAACACAACCAAUCAGUUAUUGCGGAAUACUUCGAUGACGUUACUGUAUUUUUCAGUGAUAUUGUCGGGUUUACAAAACUGAGCGCUAUUAGUAAUCCUAUGCAGGUGGUUAACUUCCUCAACGCUCUGUAUAGCUUUUUCGACCACAAGAUCCAGAAGUAUGAUGUGUAUAAAGUUGAAACGAUUGGUGAUGCAUACAUGGUUGCCAGUGGCGUACCUCAACGGAAUGGCAUCUAUCAUGCGCAAGAGAUUGCACUCCUGGCUCUGGACUUACUCGAGGAUACACAUACUUUUCAAAUGCCACACAUUUCCAAAGAAAAGUCAGCCUUUCACUCAAGUAAAUCGCUACAAUUGAGGAUCGGACUGCACACUGGACCAUGCGCAGCAGGUGUUGUUGGAAGUGCUAUGCCAAGGUAUUGUCUGUUCGGUGACACCGUCAAUACAGCAUCGCUCAUGGAAUCAAGUGGACUUCCAUUAAAGAUACACGUGAGCGUUGAUUGUAAGAAGACGCUGGAGAAAAUUGGGGGCUUUUUGAUGGAAUAUAGAGGCGUUGACAUAAAGGGUAAAGGUCCAAUAGAGACGUACUGGCUGAAAGGGAAAAUUGGAAAUGUUAAUAGAGGGGCACGUGUUCCGAUCCACACCUACAACCGCACGAGAAAAUGGGACUCUCCUCCUCAAGGGUACAAAGUCCCGGAGAUUGAAUCUCCGACCUCAGGCUAUAAAAUACCAAAUAUGGACAUUGACUCAACGCCACAUGGCUACACGUUACCAGUAGUUGAGGUUUUAGAUGAGUAUGGCACACCCAGUAUUCGAACUAGCUCGUUUCCUUACGCUAAUUCAGUCGUGUCCCAUGAUAGCAACAGCGUGGUCACCUCUCCAGUGCACCGGUUGAAACAGCGUCAUCCAUUGACUUCGACGAAAGACGAUGAGAGUCCUUGCCUAUCUACGAGCUCAAAUUUUUUCUAGUUGCAAUUAAGAUUUAUUCUUUUUAACAGACAAUGUGAGAAACCGAUGGAAUCUCGAAUAUCAUAUGCAGAUCAAAGUUGCAAAUUCAUAGAUACAGGCAAUGACCAGAAGCGUAUAGUAGACAAACCCAUAGAUUCAGGCAACAUGAAUACAUGUAGUUCAGCGUAUAGUAGACAAGUCCAUAGAUUCAGAUCAGAUCCCGUAUCAAAACUAUUCCCUCGAUUUCUCUCUGAUAAAUUAAAUUGUAUCAUUUUAUGUUACCAUUAUUGGGUGAUGACAUUGAAAACUAAAUACGUUUCAGAAAAUAUCAUAGAACAAAUAGGUUAUUGAUGGUCGUAAUGGAAUAUGAAUUUUUGUCUUGAGAAAAUAUGAUAUAUAUUGGCCUCUGAAAGUUAUCGCCUACGGCCAAGUUGAUAUUUUCCCUCAGAAGUAACAAAGUAACUAUAUUUAGAGAAAAACUUGUUUUAGUACCACCAUCUAUAUCUCAAGUUGUACCGAGAGUCCGAGACAAAUAUGGGACAAUUAUUGGG